AGUGGACUCUUCCUCAUUUUUCAAGCCACCAAUCCAAAUGGACAAGGUGACAUUUUCUUUGGUCUCAUCAUUCCCUGAGAACAUUCAAAACUUGCUGAAUGAGAAAUAUGCUGCUCAAAAAACUGUCCUUGUUGCAGCAUCUGUGAGCAUUGACAGCAUCAAAUAUUGUCCAGAUAUGAUUGUGUCAGUUGGUGCCUGUGCAUCUCUACCUGAUUUUAAGCAAAUCCACAAAAUCCUUGUCAUCAACAGUGAUGUUUUGUUUGUGUGCAAAGAUCUGACAUCAUGGUACGAGGAGCAUCUGCGUUCUUAUGAGCUAUGCACUCAUGUGUCAUCACUGUCACUCAACCAGAUUUCUGACCUGAAUGACCCAUUUCCUCUUUCAUCCUACAGAAUUAGGGGCAGAACAUUUGUUACCCUAAGGCACUAUAUUUUUUGUUGAUUAAAUAAUUUACCUUUUAAUGUCAAGUUACAUAACUAAAUUUCUUUUUCAAAUCUUUUUAGAGUCACAAACAAUGGAGAGGAUAACAUUACGGAUAAUUGUCCAUGACACUGACAUCAGGAAAAUCAUACUCGAUGGAAAACCACAGACGCUUGACUCACUCAUUGAACAGCUGGAAGUGAAGCUGGAUCUGCAGUACAAGUUCUCCCUUCAGUAUGAGGAUCCUGAUUUUAACAAUGCCCUUGUCAACCUCACUGAUAUUGCUGACCUGCCUGACAAAGCCACCCUCAAAAUAAUCACCGUGUUGCCUACACCCACAUCAGGCACACCUAGCACAUCUAGCACAACUGACACUGAGAUCCUCUCUCCCUCCCCCAGUAGUUGGUCUUCACUUACUCGAUCUCCAUGGCCAGAGAUUUUUGAAAUUCCGUAUUUUCCAGUGGACAUUGAAUACCGAUUACGGCAGGGGAAUCUUCUGUAUAUGAGAGACAAAACAUAUCUAAAUGUGCCUAAGGACAUGAAACAUGAAAUACUGGAAAAACUUGCUGAGACUAUUUACAGCUUCAAGUCCUUUCCAAGUGAUGAAAACUUUCAGGCUGUUGCAACUGCACUGAUUCAUAAGCAUCCAUGCCUCAAAGAACCAGGCUCGUCCUCUGGGUGCGACGGCUGGAAAAACAGCCUCAAGUACAAAAUGGGGAAUUACCGCAGCAAACUGCGUCGAGCUGGAUGGCGAGAUGUGGCCGUAAGUCACGGGAAGAAAAGCUCUCAAGCACCUCAGAAAAGUGUCAAAAGGCCCAAACGGUGCGAAGUUAAUUUUCUUCCCAAUUUUCCUGAUGGUGAAGAUGAGGACAGCAUGGAGUCCAAGCGCAAAAAACUUGUAGAAGAGAUGAGAAAACGCCGCCCAGAUGCUGUUGUCAUCUCCCAGAAGAUGGACUCCACAUAUGCCUUAAGAAGACAGGAAGUGGUAAACCUGGAGCCUCCAGUGAAAGACACGUUGGAAAGGUGGCCAGCACUCUUCACAGAGAGUCAGAUUGUUGCAGAGUUCCUUCGCUUGUCAAGCAAAAACUUAAAAAUAGAAUUCUUCAAAGAACUUGACAAGUACACUCCACGAUUUUUGGAGAUUUUCAAGUCCAAGGGAGGACGUGUCGGCAAGAAACUACAGGAAUACCUGCAACAUUUCACGCCACGAAGUAUGGAUGUUACUGUGAACCGAACAAUAGUCCUUCGUGGGCUUCCUGUCAUCCUUGGAGAUGAGAAUGCAGACUUUUUCAAGACAUGCUUUGACUGUGAUGAACCUGACGUGUCCCACACCUCAAUUGGGAUCCUGACAGUCAUUUCUGAGGAUGACCCAGGCUCUCCUGACUCACUCCACCUAAAGGCUUCAGGUACUGCAAUCAUUUUGGAGGGAACAAUGGUGAUGGAUGACAUUAAAGAUCUUCCAGAUGCUAUGUGCCUUCUCUUUGGGCUGAUUUACGCCCUGAAUUUGGAGUACCCUAAACAACUGAAAAACACCUUCGACUUUAUUCAAAGAGUGCUUCUGUCUCUUGGACACCAACCCCUAAAACCAAAAAUACAAUCACUUAAAAAUCUUCUGUUGCAGUGAGUGAAUUGUCAUGGCAAUGUGAAUAGUAGGCUAUGUUUACAUGUCAGGUCAUUCUGUGAUGUUUGCCGUACUAUUGCCAGUGAAACUCUUCAGUACUGAGAAGGUGUCCCCUGUUUUUUGUCUGUUUUUUUUUGUUGGAGGGAGUCUCAAUGCUCAUUGUUCUUAAAAAGGCUGAUGCAUAUUUGCAUAUGUUUAUUAACGUGUUCUUGAAUAAGGAUAGAAAAGAAAAGAAAAG